AUUGUAGGUUUGGGUAUGGUGACACCUCUGGGUUGUGGAGUGGAUAAAACAUGGAACCAAUUGAUUGAUGGAAAAUGUGGGAUAAGAGCAUUACGUUUGGAGGAUCUCAAGAUGAAUAGUUUUGAUUCAGAAACUCAGUUGACUACAUUUGAUCAAUUGACUUCCAAAGUUGCCGCUGUUGUUCCCACCGGAACCAACAAGGGCGAAUUCAAUGAGGAACUUUGGCUUAAUUCUAAGGAACAUCGAUCAAUGACAAGGUUUGUAGCAUAUGCUCUAUGUGCUGCUGAGGAAGCUCUUAGAGAUUCUAAUUGGUUUCCCACUGAGCAGGAACACAAGGAAAGAACGGGGGUGUCUAUUGGUGGGGGAAUUGGAAGCGUUAGUGACAUGUUAGACUCUGCACAACUGAUAUGCGAGAAGCGUCUUCGUCGACUUAGUCCAUUUUUUGUCCCACGGAUAUUGAUCAACAUGGCAUCAGGUCAUGUUAGCAUGAAAUAUGGGUUCCAGGGGCCAAAUCAUGCUGCAGUCACUGCUUGUGCUACUGGAUCACAUUCUAUUGGUGAUGCAAUGAGAAUGAUUCAAUUUGGGGAUGCAGAUGUUAUGGUGACUGGAGGGACUGAGUCGAGCAUUGAUGCAUUGUCAAUUGCAGGAUUCUGCAGGUCCCGGGCCUUGACUACAAAGUAUAACUCAUUGCCACAGGAAGCAUCACGGCCAUUUGACAGUGGCCGAGACGGGUUUGUGAUAGGAGAAGGUUCUGGAGUCUUGGUCUUGGAGGAACUUGAGCAUGCUAAAAAUCGAGGAGCCAAAAUCUAUGCAGAGAUUCGUGGCUAUGGGAUGUCAGGGGAUGCAUAUCACAUUACUCAACCUCCUAGUGAUGGGAGAGGUGCCAUUCUGGCCAUGACUCGUGCUUUAAGACAGGUUUUUUAAUCAUCCUAUGUUGAUUUGUAUUUUCUACGUAGCAUUAGAGGUUUUAUGUUUGCUAAGCUGCCAACUUAUCAUGUAUGCAUGUUGUGACUAUAUUUUUCCUUUCUCCCCCACGUUUUAUAUAUAGUAUUAUCCAACAAACUUCAUACUCCAGAUGUCAUGUUUUGAGCGUGACA